AUGAUUGGUAGAGGGAAAAGGUCGAGACAGAGUCAGAGGUCGAAGGAAGAAGAUAGGAUAAGCGAAUUACCAGAUCCUCUGAUAUGUGAGAUACUUUCUCAUCUCUCCACAAAGGACCUUGUGAAGACGAGCGUUUUGUCCACCAGAUGGAGGACUCUGUGGCUUUGGGUUCCUUAUGCGACCUUGGAUUCCAGCGAAUUCCCAUGUUUAGAUGCUUUUGUGAAGCUUGGUGAUAGGUUUUUCGAUCCCGUUAGGGUUUCCUGCCUACACGAACUCAACUUAAACGUUAUCGACAUGAACAACAAGGGUGGAGAUGGUGGUGCCUCCUACUAUCACAAGUCAUGGAUUGAUGCUGCGGUUAAGCGUAAGGUCCAACAUGUAUAUGCUCAACUUCAAGGUGGGAAUUUGGAUUUCUAUGAGUUGCCCACAAGUCUUUUUAACUGUAAGACACUAGUAUCCUUAAGACUCUGUUUGGUGAAGGUGACCUUGGAUCAUGUAGGGUUUGUCUCCUUGCCUUGUCUGAAGAGUAUUGAAUUGAAAUGCUUCAAUACCAAUGAGGCCAGUUUCGAGAGACUUGUCUCUUGCUGUCCUGUCUUGGAAAAGUUGAAUAUUUCGAAUUGUCUGAAUAUUAGGGAUGUUAAAGUCUUUCGCGUGCUCUCCACGUCAUUGGAGAUUCUCGUUGUAUCAUUCUUGAACUUCGUGCAUGAUUUUGGCUCAGGGUCAGGAUUUGUGGUUGAUGCACCUCGGCUUCGCUUCUUGAGCGUCGUUGGUGAAUUAUCAGAAAGCUUUUUAGUAAACAAUAUGGAUCCCAAUAAUUCCAAGGUCAGUAUCUCUCUAGCCUUUCGUCUGAAUGAUUUUGAUGAAGCAGCCCUUUUCUCGAAGAGAAGUAGCAUCCGCCGUUUUCUUUCCGGGAUUUCCAAGGUCAGCAGAGAGAUGUCAUUAUCUGCAUUCACUUUCGAGCUCAUCUGUAUCUACUCGAAAUUAGAACCGCUCCCUCUGUUUGGUAAUAUCUUCUCUCUGCACCUCGACUCCACCGUACUCGCUUUGAAUUUGGUACCAACCUUUCUCCAGAGCUUCCCAAACUUGAGAGCCCUCAGCUUGGUGAUCAUCUGCUUAGCCCCUAUGAGUUUGUUUUUCUCCAUCUCUGCUUAUCUGUUCAUUGAGCUUUAUUUUUUUCUUCCUCAGGUGUCCUAUGGUGCUCAAAAAGAAGUGAAGUAUCCCAGUAUUUCAUCUGUGCCACAAUGUUUGCUAUCAUCUCUCGAGGCCAUAUAUUUCCAUCUCUCAAUCUGGGAAACUAGUGAAGAAGUCAUCCUACUAAGUUAUUUCAUAAUGAAUUCUGCAAUCCUCAAGAAAGUGUUUGUACGUUUGAGUACUUCUGAUGGUUCAAGAGAAAAUGUCACACUCAAGAGACUCCUCCAAAUCCCAAGAGGCUCUACCAAGUGUCAAGUCUUCGUCCUUUGA